GUUGUGUUGUUGUCGCAUCAACCAACAUAAGCUUAACAUGAGUGCGUUGUGGUGCAGCUCCUUCACGAGGCUAGCGUCGGCAUCGACGUCGGGAUUAACGGAGUCACUCGGAGACGAUGCUCUUACGCUACGCAUGUACUUGCUCGAUCACGUUGACUUGUUCCCAGCUGUUACGUCCAUCCCAAGCGAUUCCAACGCAGUAGUCGUGCUCUCACUUGCGAAUCUGCGUCGACUCGGCCUAGUCUCUCAUUCGUUGGUGACUGUUCGACACGGCGACUCGGCGCACGUGGCUCAAGUCCAACUGCAGCUGCAUAUGGCCGACGACAUCAUGUACAUGAGCCCAUUCCUGGCGCACAACCUCCAGUGCGUCGAAACCGCCGACGUCGUGGUCGAGCCUCAUACGACGUAUGCUCGGAUGCAAGCCAUGCCGCCCACGGCCUCUCGUGUUGAAAUCGCGCCCAUCCUUUCGAACGCAUCGUCCUCCAGUGCUCGCGACGAGUCGCACGUCGUUCACGCACUGCAUGCGUUCUUUGCCACCCCGCGACUAGUUCAACAUGGCGAUAUCUUUGGCGUUCCUGUCGUCGGCACAUAUCCAGAAAAGCACUCAAACCCCCACCUCCUGGAGCCCUCGUGUUCUUCCACGGACGUCCUCGUCAUCGUGCAUGCGGACGUGGUGCUAUUCCGCGUGCAAGCGAUGACGUGGCACGACGACGGGCCGCCAUGCUCCUCGACAACCUCCCCACUAGCGCUGACAGUGCUCAAGUCCAGCACGACCGUCGUCCAGACCCCAGCCACCGCCAUACGGCUCUUGCACGAACGACAGCUUCGACAGUACUCGUUUUCCGCGAUGGCCGCCGCGGCGCCACUGCCGGCAGUACCGCCAUCCAUUUACCCCCACCACAUGCAGAAACUCAUCGAGUGGCUCCACCCAACGACGGUGUCGCUGCCGAUUUCGAUCGCAUUGAGUGGCGUGGCUGGCAGUGGCAAGAAGACGUUGCUGUACAACGCCGCCAAUGCAUUGGGGCUGUUCGUGCUGGAGGUGGCGUUCGCCGAACUCACGUCCACGUCCGAGCUGCAGUUGCUCGACAACAUCCGUCUCGUGAUGCAAAAAGCCAAGUCCAUGGCGCCGUGUAUCUUGUUCCUCAAUCGAUUCUUUGUCACUGAGAAAGACAACGACGAAGCCGCCCUUCGUCUUAGCGCGGCCCUCACGGCGGCAUGCUUGACGCAAGACAACAUGCAUCAAGUGCCGGUGGUGGUGGCAGUGGAAGACCUGUCGGACGUCCCUGCGCUUGUCCGGCAGGGGUUCAUGUACGAACUCGUGCUGGAGGCGCCGUCGGAACUCGAUCGGGUGGCCAUUCUCAAGCACUUGACCGCGUCCGUGUCGUUGCAUCCGGACGUACAUAUGGAGGACAUUGCACACCGAACAGCAGGGCGGACAGUGGGGGAGCUCAAGGCGUUGAUUGCAGAUGCGACGAGUUACUGCUUAGAAGCGCUGGCGACGGGGGACAUUGGAUUAUUGGACGACCUGCAAUUGCCCGACCUUGCACAGUUGCAACCGACGCAUUUCGACCACGCGAUUCAGCACCAGCAGACGAAAACGUCGCUGGGACUGGGCAGUUUUUCCAUUCCGAACGUCAAGUGGGAAGACGUCGGAGGGCUGGAUCAUGUCAAAGAUGAGAUUCUAGACAUGGUGCAAUUGCCGUUCAAACAUCCGGAAUUGUUUGCGGCGGGGGUGCGGCAGCGGUCGGGGAUUCUACUUUACGGCCCCCCUGGCACAGGCAAGACGCUGCUGGCAAAGGCCAUCGCGACCGAGUGCAAUAUGAACUUUAUCAGCGUCAAAGGGCCAGAACUGCUCGACAUGUACAUUGGCGAGAGCGAAAAGAACGUUCGCCACGUGUUCCAAAUGGCGCGCAACGCCCGGCCUUGCAUCUUGUUCUUUGACGAGUUGGACUCGCUGGCCCCCAUGCGCGGCCGCGGCACCGACUCUGUUAAUAUUAUUUUUUAUAGGAGGGGUCAUGGAUCGCGUGGUAUCGCAAUUGCUGACGGAAAUCGACUCGAAUUUGUCCCAAGUGUUUGUCGUGGGUGCCACGAAUCGACCAGAUUUGAUCGAAACGGCGCUGUUGCGGCCUGGUCGCUUUGACCGACUGUUGUAUUUGGGUAUUUGCAACGACAAACCCACACAACUCAAGGUCGUGCAAGCGCUGACCCGCAAAUUUCAGUUGGCGCCUGACGUCGACUUGAACGCUGUUGUGGCGUUGUGUCCGUUUCACUAUACCGGCGCCGACUUUUACGCGCUGUGCUCGAUGGCGUUAUCACUCGCCAUCAAAGAUCGGGUGGCGGCCAUCCAGUUGUACAUUGACACGGCCAACCAGGAUGACGUGUAUUCUGCUCGGCCGCUGCAUGUGGCGACGGUUCUGGACAUGAUGUCACCCGACGAACUGCAGGUUCAAGUGACCCACGGGCAUUUCGCCUCGGCGCUGCCGCACGUGGUCCCGUCCGUGUCGGCGUCCGAGCUGGCGCAUUACGACAAGCUGCGCGUACAGUUUAGUUCGUUGGCACCCACGCAAUAAUAUCGGACAUUUGGCUGAAAUAAGAUAGACUACCGGGCUGUAUUCUGUAGUAUAAACACGAAUCGAAUUCAAGGUACUAUUAAUAGUACAGGGUUGUAU